AAUCUAUCUGAGAUGGUGCGAAAAGGUCCCAUGUGCCUUGAGUGUUUCUCUUGUACCUAUCCAUUCGGCUGCGGACAAAGAUCCAACGAUUUAGUCCAUCAUCUGACGAAGAUGUGGAAAUAUGACUCUCUUGCUGACUUGGCGCUCUAGAAAAGCAGGAAUAGGAGCUAUUCUGCCUCCUAAGGGUAGUAAGGAAACGAAGCGGCCGGGCGCUAAGAAGAAAAAGCAAGUAGACCAAGCCAGGGGUUGUGUGCCUAUGACCAUGCCUUCUUUUAUUUACCCCGUCUAUCUCCUUGGCACAGUCUUCAUAUACUCUUCUCCAAAAAAUCUUGGGUGUCAUCCUUGUUGUGAAGCGAGGACCUUGGUGGACGAUGGAAUCCUUAAAAGAGGACGAAAGACAGUUAUCGUAAUGGUUUCUAUUCUCUAACUCUUUCUGAUACACUAUUAUAAACAAGUCCGACUAUCGUGCGCAUAUCACUUUGCACGGUUUUUUUUUCAAGAUCAAUUCCAUCUUUACCCGUGCUGGAACUUGGAAUCCCCGGUGCAUUCCCUUGUCAGGAUGGACGUGGAACAGUCACGUUCCCUCCAAGGUGAUACUAGUGGCAUUACGCCUAAUACUUGCGAAAUCGGAAACGACUAUGACGGUCGUAUGGGCCUCCGUGUUUCAUCUAUUUUCGUCAUCAUGGCUGGCUCGAUGACAGCGGCACUUUUCCCUGUGCUGGUGAUGCGUUCAAAGACAGUUGGCGCUAAGUGGGAGCGAAUCGCACAACGGACAUUUUUUAUUGCCAAAUAUUUUGGCUCUGGUGUCAUCAUUGCGACUGCGUUUAUUCAUUUGCUGGCUCCAGCGGAAGAGGCUCUAAGGGAUGACUGCUUGGCUGGUUCGAUCUCGAAGUAUCCCUGGGUGGAGGGGAUCAUUCUCAUGACCAUUGUUGCCAUGUUCCUGGUGGAAUCGAUGAUUAUGCGCCAUUCAUCUCUCGACUCGAGUCAACAGAACGAGAUCGUUGAUAAUGGCGAUCGGUGUUUUGGCGACGUUGAUACUUCUGGUGGAUGGAAUCAGGCCAAGCGUCACGCGCUGAUGGACGAGAAUUUGCGCCAUCCCCAGCAAUACCAAGACACAGAGAUGGCUCGAGGCAACCUGGCAUUUGCGGACGACUAUGCAGGCCAACUUGUCGGUGUUUUCGUUUUGGAAUUUGGGAUCAUCUUCCAUUCCAUAUUCAUAGGCCUUACACUUGCAGUUGCGGGCUCUGAAUUCGACACGCUCUACAUUGUUCUCACCUUCCACCAGACAUUCGAGGGCCUAGGUCUGGGAUCCCGCCUCGCCAUGAUUCCAUGGCCGAGUUCCAGGCGCUGGACACCUUACGUUCUGGCCAUUGCCUAUGGCCUGACUACCCCCAUUGCCGUCGCAGUUGGCUUGGGAGUGCGCAAUACUUACCCGCCUAGUGCUCGGUCAACACUGAUAGUCAACGGCGUUUUUGAUGCCAUCUCAGCAGGCAUUCUUAUUUACACUGGCCUUAUUGAGUUAAUUGCCCGCGAUUUCCUGUUCAGCUCAUUCAUGCGGCGGGCUCCUCUUUGUACUGUUUGGUCCGCAAUUCUUCUGCUCUGCCUUGGUGCAGGUCUCAUGGCGCUGCUCGGCAGGUGGGCGUAACUAUGUAUAUUAAGACUAAAUCUGGGCUGAGUGCUUUGGCAUUAUUAAGCUAAUAAUGGGAGGAAACUUCUUGAGGCAAGAAUUCGAGAGAUGAGAACGAACAACCAUAGCUCGUACAUUGCGCUAAGAUGGGAAAUUUGCACCCUGCCACAAAAUAGGUAGUUAGAGGCCAUUGAUAUUCCUCCCUUCAUCUUAUCUUUGCCUUUUU